AUUUCAGGAAGCAGUUGCUGGUUUGUUUGCUUCGUCUCUAAAGUGUUUUUCUUACUAGUUAGUCGAAAUGUACGUCAAUACGACAUUGUUCAUUCUGAUAACCAUUGGAACUGUUAUAAGCAGUUUCUCGCAGUUAAUAAUAAAAUAUGUUCUAUCACUAGUUUUUCGUGAGAGCGAUCGAUCAGUAAACAUCCGCAAGGAAAUAGCAGCAAUACGUACAGAAAUGUCACAAAUAUCAAUGAUAGAUGAAUUUGCUAAACAUGCCCGCCUUCAGAGAAAAUUAAUCAAAAUGCAGGAUGAACUAAAAGGAGAAAAAAUGGCCAUAAAUAGUACCAGAUUAAAAUUUAAAGUAAUGUUUGGGGCUGGUGCCACUUUAAUAAUGUCACUAUUUAUGCUGACUGUUCUCUACCUUUAUCGCUCUGCGGCUGUUGUCAUUCUGCCAGAGAACUGGCUAUCACCAUUUUCUUCAAUUAUCUCGUGGCCAGCUGAAGAAACAGGAGCAGUCAGUGUUCUCACUUGGGUUGCGAUUUGUUAUCGAGUUUCUAGGCUGGUGGCUGGACAGUUGAGUGACUCUACAGGUCAUUCAUGAUUCAUGGUAUUUAUAUUUUUGAGGAGCAUUGUUCCUCAGUUAUAUGGAAAAACUGUUAUAAGUGUGUUCCAAGGACUUUCCAAAACAUUAAUUUAUGAAAGAAUCCUUGUAACGUUUGACACAACUUUGGUAGCAGGACUACAAUCAACAUGUGUGCAGAGACUUCUCUUUCAAUGUGUUCUUUUUUUUUUAUAACACAAUUGUUAAUUUAUUUCAAUUAAAUUUAAGGAUGGAUCUCAAUAAUCCCUUUGUAGACUGUCUAUAAUUGAAGAAUUGUUACUUUAUUAAAUUUUGAGACUAA